GACAACAAAUUAUUAUUACGGAACAGAGGCCCGAAAGCCCAAUAUGAUAAUUAUUACAAACAUCUUAAAAAGUCAAAAGUACAAAGUGUGCCCUAGAAUCAGGAACUUCAUCUCUUUCAUCCCCCAAAUUGAGCCGCCGUGGCAAUCUCAUUCUCAGGCCGUCGCCUAACCGCCGGAACAUGUCGCCAAAUUCUCCCGCUUAAUCAACGAAUCAUGUGAAAAGAGCUUCAAUUUCGCAAAAAAAUGGAAACGAAAUCGAAGAUCUCGCAGUCCCGCAAGAGUCACAACAAGUCAAGCAAGAAGCACGACGCCAACAAGAAACAUCAACAACAAGAGGACGACGCCGGAAUCACGAACUCGUGGAUCUGCAAGAACGCGUCUUGCAGAGCCAACGUGCCGAAAGACGAUUCCUUUUGCAAGAGAUGCUCUUGUUGCGUGUGCCAUUCUUUCGACGAGAACAAAGAUCCGAGCCUUUGGUUGGUUUGCGAGUCCGAGAAACCAAACGACGUCGAGUUCUGCGGCUUGUCGUGCCAUGUCGAGUGUGCGUUUCGUGAAGACAAGGUUGGGGUUACUAGUAUUGGUAACCUGAUGAAGCUUGAUGGGUGUUUCUGUUGCUACUCUUGCGGCAAAGUCUCUGAGAUUCUUGGAUGUUGGAAGAAGCAGCUUGUGGCAGCAAAGGAUGCGCGAAGGAGAGAUGUUCUAUGUUACAGGAUAGAGUUGAGUUACAGGCUUCUCGAUGGGACUUGUCGGUUUUCUGAGUUACAUGAGGUUGUUAAAGCUGCUAAGUCGAUGCUGGAAGAUGAAGUCGGUCCUCUUGAUGGGCCUUCUGCGAGAACUGACCGUGGCAUUGUUAGUCGGCUUCCUGUUGCGAGCGAGGUGCAAGAGCUCUGCACUUCUGCUAUCAAAAUGGCUGAGGAUUGGUCAGCCAACGUAGCCAGAGAUUCGAUUCCUGCUGCAUGCAGGUUUCAUUUUGAAGAUGUUGCGUCUACACGAGUGACUCUUCGUCUGAUUGAGCUCCCAAGUGCUGAAGAAUGUGGAGUAAAGGGUUAUAGGUUAUGGUGUUUCAAGAAAGGAGAGACGCCUGAGGAUGACCAGUUUCUUGAUCUGAGUAGAGCAGAGAGGAGGAUAUUGUUGGCUGACCUUGAUCCUUGCAAGGAGUACAUGUUCCGUGUUGUAUCUUACACAGAAGCUGGUUGUCUAGGUCAUUCUAACGCUAGAUGUGUUACAAAGAGCGUUGAGAUAUUGCGUGAUAACUCGGUGGAGGGUAGGACGAAGAGGAGGAUUGAUUUAUUAGGAAAUGAUCAGGCUUCAGAUCGAGAGGAGAAAAGCAGCAUUUCCUCGGGAUUCCAAAUCGGGCAACUUGGAAAGUAUGUGGAAUUAGCUGAAGCUCAGGAGGAUGGCCUGCUUGACGCGUUUUACGAUGUAGAUACUGAUAAAAGCAGUGAGCCAGAGGUAGAAGUGCCACCUAGACGACCACUUGGGUUUGACCUUAAUGUAGUUUCAGUACCAGACUUGAAUGAGGAGUUCACUCAACCUGAUUCUUCUGGUGGUGAAGACAAUGGAGUGCCAUUAGACUCACUAGCUGAGGCUGAUGUUGCUAACGGUAAUGGUAAUUAUAAUGAUGAUGAUGAUGAUACUGUGUCUAACGGUACACAGAAGAACAACAAUUGCUUGGUGAGAUCAGAUGGAAGCGGUGAUGAUCCCGAGUUUGAUUUCCUCAUGACCAGGAAGAGGAAAGCAGAUUCAAACAGUCACGGAUCAGAGAACAACGAGUGUGACAGUUCACCGAUUGAUGACACUAUUGAGAAAUGCAUGAAGGUGGUUAGGUGGCUGGAGUGCGAAGGCCACAUCGAGAAAACAUUCAGGAUCAGGUUCUUGACAUGGUUCGGCUUGAGCUCGACUGCUCAAGAGCAAUCUGUUGUGAGCACGUUUGUGCAGACUCUAGAAGAUGAUCCAAGCAGCCUUGCUGAGCAGCUUCUUCACGUAUUCUCUGAUGUUAUCUCCAACAAAAUGCCAAACAAUGGAUCUUGAAGCAGUAGCAAGCUCUUUUACUAAUCAAUUCUUUGUUAGUAUUAGUAUUUAUGAAUAAUAUAUUAUUAGAACCAAAAUAGUCCAUGAUUUCUCCCUAACAUGGAUUUCGGAUAUUAUUCUAUCUUUGGAUUGGGUGUAGGAUUUGACCUAAAUGACUCUUGAGGGCAAGCAUUUUGCCUUUCUUCCUUGUUUAUGUUCAUAUCUAUUAAAACUAAGAGGCCUUGAACUAUUUGCUUUGUUCUGUAUCUCACUUACUAUGAAUAAUUUGUUAUUAUCUCCCUGCCAAGUUCAAAUAGUCAGGUGUUUUUGUAAGACUAAGUGGAAUUAAACAAAUGCUGCAUGUUGGUUAAGUUAUAAGGGCAAUGGUUGUACUAUUGCCUAACAGUUGAGAAAUGUUCAAAGUCAAAUAUCAAAAACCUGAACACAUUAAUCCUUAAUCUCCUUGCUAUAAUGAAGAGUAUCCACGGCUUGUUGCAUCAAUGUGCCGUUUAUUCAUGUUCCACAUUCUGAUGAGAGUGCCAUUUCUGUCCCGCAUUCACUAGAUAAUCAUUCAGAAGUCGUGGAUCAGUUAUUUGCCCAAGCUUUGAUCAUGGGACAAUUAAUAUCGCCAGACAACUAUGCUUUUGCUUCUCUAAUUUAGUACUGUAUCUUUCAGACCAGUUAGAAUGUAAGCAAGAUCACAAUAGAUGUGAAAACAUCUGACUUUGUUCCGGACCACAUACCUACAUUACACAACUGUCUUGAGAUUGAAAAAUCGUAUGUAAAUCAGAAUUGUAGAACAAAAGCUAAUGUUAUAUAAUGUACCUGCUUUUUAAAUACUUAGGAGGUUCGUAUUUAAAUCGGCAUAUAUCCGUAGUUUGAUUCAAGAUAAAAUAGUCUGCAUUGUGUUGCUGAAGAAAAUCCAACCAUGGGUAUUAGUCUAUAAGAUCAUAAACAAAAAAGAGGAAUAAGAAGAAAUAUGGAAAUAAAUAAUGUUACUCAUUCUGAGUUCUCGAAAUAGUGGUCUGUUCUUGAUAAAGUGGAUACAAAAGCUUUAGCUGCUCCAAUGGGCUAUCUUAACAUGUAUAAUCACUACUUAAUCCCUCAAAAAACAUGUCCUAUAGAUUUCACUUGUUCCAGCAACUCAUAGUUUUUGUGCCCAAUCAAAUACACUUUACACAAUAUAUAUAAGGUCUAGGACUGGGCAUCAUUACUCGUUACUCGCCUUAAACUCGCUACUUGAUUCGUACCCACCUUAAAAAUUCAAUUAUUCGGUGUUGUCAAGGCAAGUAACAAGUCGAUAAUUUUCAUUACUUGCAAGACCAAGGCAAGUAUCAAGUAUCAUUAUUAUUUUUAAUACUUGACUCGUUAUGCCUCCUUACUUGCCCCAUUACUUGCAAUUUGUUACAUGAUCUAUUAGUUACUUGUUUAUGGUGUGUCAUUACUUGCAUUGUGAAGAUAUACCAAAGCUUAUUCUCAUUGAUGUGUUGUUUUAUCAUAUUUUUUUAGAAUCCUUAAAUAAGAGACUUGCAAUGGAGGACAUAAAAGUUGAAAGUUCUUAACUAAGUCUCUUAACCAAAUUCACUACUUAAUUAGUAUUAAAAAUUAAUUAAGAGACUCUUAAGGAGUCUCUAGGAUAAUGAUGCUCUAAGGUCGCUAGGAAGACAAUCCAACCCAGAUCAACAACACUCUCAAAGGCUGAAUGGAGAAGCUGGUCCUUCUGAAACAUGCAAAUAAUCGCAAAUGCACUUAAUCUCAACUAUCGCCAAACGGAGGAUGGAUUUUUAAGCUCCUAAAUUCCUAAGUCUUUAGUCAUAGCAAGCUAGAACUGUUAUGGGUUGAGUAAUCUCAUAACGGUCUAACGCUUAAAAGAGAUCCAGAAGAGAAACUUCAAGCAUUGUCUUCGUCCUGGAGACAAAAAUCCCGACGCAACACAAUGGUCAUUAAAGAGUUGAAAUGGUUUCAGAUGAAGGCAUUUUGCAUUGUUUCCCCACAUAAUCCAGGAGGUGUGGGAUUUUAACUAGAAUGGAAAUAUGAUUUCAGUCUGACUGUUCAGAGGACAUCACAAACUAAAUCGGCACAAAUAUAUGUUACAACGACUCUUAUUUCCAUGCUACCUUCACCUAUGGGGAACCAGACCAUUGUAAAAACAUGCUGUAUGGAAUGAAUUAGCUAGCCUACAUCCAGAUUUAGAAGGUGCAUGGUUUCUGACAUGAGACUUUAAUGAAAUAGUAAACAGUAGCAAGAAGUCUGGUCCAACCAGACAAAGCAGAAGGUACCUUUUGUUCGUUCAGCAUGUUCCUAUCUCAAAAUCACUUCUUUGACAUGAAGAAAUUUGGCAGAUUCUUUUCAUGGCGAGUGAAGAGACACACUAAUCUGGUCCAAUGUAGACUGGAUCAAGCUCUGAGCAACAGUGAUUUGGCAUACUUUUUCAUUCAUGCAAAAGCCGAUACCUAAGGUACGAACUACGAAGGAUCAAGAUCACUGACCCCUUCUAUCCUUCCUAGAUACAACAAGGAGGAAAGGACAUAUAAUAUUUAGAUAUGACCAUUUUCUAAGAGAGAAUGUGGAAAUCAAGCAGCUCAUUAAAGACAUUUGAACCACUUACUCAUAUUUUCACGCGGAAGAGAGGCUAGCUAUAUGCUAUAAAGCUAUCUUCAAAUAGAGCAAAGAGUAUCAAGAUAACUACAGAAAGCAAAUUGAGAAAAUCUAGGUACAUCUUAGUCUAGCUAUAGCCAACCCGUUUCCAGAUGAAUGAACUCGAUACCAAUUCUAAAGGCUUCUAAAAGCAGAGGAAGAAUUCUAGAAACAGAUCGAGCCACCAACUAUGGUUAACCCUAGGUGAUUGACACAUGGGUUAUUUCAUGGAAAAACCAAAGGAAAGCAAACCAUAUACUUUUGGUUCUGUAGGGCGAAGAGGGCUCACUUUGGUUUGAGGAAGAGUAAUCUGCAAAUAUUAUGACAAGUUUUUCACCUCCAUUCUUUUUGGCGACAUAAUUAUUGUGGAAAGGCAAUGUCCCCAUGUGUCUCACAACAAAGGAAUGAGGAGCUAAUCAGAGAGCCAACACCUACUGAAAUUAAGGAUGAUAUCUUUGCAAUCCAUCUAGAUAAGGCACCGAAACCCGAUGGUUUCUUAGCCAGUUUUUCAGCCCAAUUUGGAAAUGAUAAGAUCUUCAAUAGUCAAAUAGAUUCAUUUAUUCUUCAACAACAAAAGUUCUCUCACCAUAAUUGAAUGCAACACACAUAAGAUUAAUCCAUAAGGCUAUAGAUGCAAGAAGCGUGGAAGACUACUGGCCAAUAGCCCUUUGCAAUGUUUAUUAUAAAACUAUAUCAAAGCUCCUAACCCCAUGACUGAAAUAGGGUUGAGUAAUAUAAUUUCAGAGAACAAGUCUGUGUUUAUAUAGGGAAGAGCUGUAUCAGACAAUGUUUUCAUAGUAUAUGAGGUUUGCAAUUCCUGAAGAUAUUGAGUCCAAAAUAUUUUAAUAGCAGUAAAAACAUAUAUGUCUAAGGCUUAUGAUCGCAUUGAAUGAGAUUUUAUAUCACUAGUGCUCAAGAGACUUGGUUUCCAUGAAACAUGGAUCAAUGGAUCAUGCAAUGUAUUACAAUAAUCUUGAACUCCUUUCUAGUGAAUGGUGCAGUGUAUAGUUCAGUAAAAGUUCACUGGGUCACUAGACAUGGAGAAAUGCUUUCUUCUUCUGUGUUCAAUCUUUGCGGGAAAUAUUUUUUUGGGUUUUAUAGAAGUGCAUAGAGUUUGGGUGAACUCAGAGUAAUCAUAGUUGCAAGGGUAAGCCCACGAGUAAAUCAUCUUCUAUUUGAAGAUGAUACCAUGUUUUGUGGAAGAUGUCUGUAGAAAGCUGUCAUUCACAAAUGUCAGUCUUCUCGGAGUACGAAAGAGAAUCAUGGCAGAAAAUAAACAGAAGCAAGUCAGUAAUCACAUUCUCAUCAAAAACACCAAUCAAUAUUAAGGAAGCAACAAAAAAACUAUGAUUAAUAUCAAUAGAGAAGGAGGAAUGCAAAAGUAUUUAGGCUUACCCGAUCAAAUUAGAAGGAGAAAAAAAGACCUCUUCACUUCAGUUGUGGACAUGAUAAGGCAAAAGAUGCCAACUGGUCCACACGGUUCCUGUCCAAGGCAAGAAAGUUGUUGAUAGCAGUUCAUACAUAUAUUUCUACUUAUAAAAUGUUGAGCUUCCAACUAUCAUUUAGCUUCUGCAAGCAAAUUCAGUCAACAUUAACAAGAUUUUGGUGGAAUGGACCAAAUCACUAGAGGAAGAUACAUUGGAUUUCCUGGAAGACCCUAACAAAGCCUAAAUCGGAUGGUGGUUUGGGACUACGAGACAUACAACUCUUUAACCAAGCCCUUUAGCUGCACUAGUAGCAUGGCGAAUCAUAACUAAUCAAGACUGUUUACUCUCUCGAGUAGGAAAAUAUUGUCAUAGCAAAGGAUUCCUAGAAGCUAAUGUACAUGUUGUUUGCUCCUAUGGAUGACGAAGCAUCCUUCACGGUCGUGACCUGCUAAAUUCCAACCUAGGAGAGUGAUGGAGCGGAAGCAAUGAUAAACAGCUCAACCAAGGGAUUAUGGAACCACGCUUGGGACCUGCUAGCUCAACCAAGGGAUUCUAGGGAAACCUUGCUUGAGACAUGAUUCUUGAUCGAUGAAUCUAAUCAAAUCAAUACAAAGGAUAAAUAAUAUUAUUCUCCUAAAAGCCAAAGGUCUUUAUUAAUCAAAUCAAAACUAAAUACGGUUUUAGGCUUUAAUGCAUAUUUAUAAUAAAUUCUAAAAUCUAAAAAACUCAUAAUCUUAAUUAAAACAAGAAAACCAGCCAAAUAUGAAAAAUACAAAUAAAAGGUAAUUAUCAUAUAAACUAAUAAAUAAUCAAGAUAUUUGUAAGUAUUCCAAAUAUCAAGCUACAUCAGAAAGGCAAUAAAAAAUAGUGAAUCAACAAAAGUUUGGCAAAAUUAUUGGAUAUCUAUUAGUGAUGAUAUCAAACCUUUAGGACCCUGUCAAGAAGCGGUCAUAGACCUGAGAGUGUAUGACCGUCUCACCAACGACCUUGAAUGGGACAAGAAAAGGAUAUGACCUUAGAAUGGAGCAAGAAAAAGAUAGAGGAGAUCCUACUUAAUCUUUCUUCGCAGAUACAAUGCCUAAAACCAAGCAUGAGAGGAACAUAAGACAUGACAUCUACAUAUGGCAACCAAUCCAAUGAUGUGUUACUCUACAAAUUCAGGUUACUUUACAGCGACUAUGAAAAUCCAAGUAUCAACUCCUAGCAGUCUGAGCAGGAUUUCAACUAGAUUUGAGAUGUGUGGUCAUGCUCUUUCUCCCCAAAGAUGAAGGUAUUCCUUUCGUCCAUCAUACAAAAAGCGUUACUUUUGGGUGAUAACCUGCAAAGGUAGAGGUAUAAAUUCUAUCAUAUUUGGGUUGCCAUAAAUUCUAGGAACCAGAAUUUCAUAUGAAUACCUUCUUUUGUUCGCCUUUUCUGUAAAGGUUUGGGACACGGUACCACUCCUCAUAGUAGUUAACACAUCUGUUGAAUAUGACUUCCAAUCGAUGUUAGUCAAAUUGCGGAGAACCAUAUGCCUUCCACCAUCAGAAGUUACAAAUAUUAUACUCAUGUGGACCUGUUGGGUCAUCUGGACAACCAUAAAAAAACUGAUUUUUGAAGCAGAUUUUCUCCCUGAAGAAGUGGCAAUGAAUGGUCUCGUGCUAGCAAGAGAAUGGAAUCAAGCUCAAAAGAAAACAAAAAAGACAACGACAUCUUUACCUGAUCGUUCAGACAGCUCCAACAGUCAGUUCUCUAAACCAAUAUUUCAUAUAAUCCCCCGAGGACAUGCAUGACAGAGCUUCGUGGUAAAAGGUCUCAAAGAAGGCAUGGCUAGCUUGGAUUAUCAAAGCUCAACGAGGCGAAGAUGCUAGACAAGUAUCAGAGACUCAUGAUUCCAUCAACUCCCCCACUGAUGGCUGAGGCCUUAGCAAUCAGAUUGGGUAUCACCAUGGCAGCAACGCUCGCUCGAGAUUUUCAGUUUCUCGAGUAUGCUCCGACUCUUUAACGCUCAUCAGACCAAUAAACAACAAAACAUUUGACAAAGAGAUCUACGGAAUCGUCUCUGACAUCCAUCAUAUUUCCUCUAUGUUCAACUUCAUCUCUUUCUCGUAUAUCUGUAAGUCGGAGAAUUUGAAAGCUGAUAAGUUAGCAAAAUUAUUCAUUGGACUUCAUUAUGAUGUAUUGGACCUAUUAAUGGGCUUGAUUCUUUCUUUUGGUUUUAAUACAAUACUAGUUGCACAAAAAAAGGUUGAAACUAAUUUUCAAGUGUGAAGGUAUCAUGAGACUGCCUUGUAGGUUAUACACUUGAUAAUAAAAUUAUGAUGACUUAUCUAUAAAUGGAAAAGUUAGGGAAAAUUCUCAAAACCUACUUUGGCCAGUUAAUGAAGAAAAAAUCAAAGUCUACACGCCUUUUGACUUUGAAAUAUUACUAAUGUUAAAACAAUUGACUGAAGGAUAUAUAGAUUGAAGCCAAACCAAUGUCAUAGGAGAUAAGAAUCAAAAUAGCGCCUAAAGAAACUAGAUCAUCCAUAUCAGCAUGCAUGACUUUAGAACUUCAUCUUUUACUUUACAAGUAUUUUAAGAAAAUCCAUUCCGAAACACAAAAUGAAAAUUUACAACUAAAGUUUAAAGCAUUUUGUUAUACAUUUUGUUUUUAGAUUUAGCCUCAUUUGUUGAUUCUCUUCGAAGCUCGUAAUAGUUAAAGUAGUUGAGAAAAUAUCUUAUGAUUCAUUGGAUACUGAACACGUGGUGAGCAUGUGAGCAUACAGUAUGGACAUGCAUUGUAUGGACAUAUCAUAUAUGAAGGUUAAUGGAAUGUUAUUUAUGGUGGAGAAGGAGAGUAGGUGCCGGCUUUUAAAGGCAAAAGGCAAUUUCUGCUCUACUCCCUCUCCAUUCAUUUUCCACAUUUAAUAUGUUGUUUUUUUGUUUAUACUCCGUCCGUUUCUGAAAUUAAAAUUUUCUAGAGUAUACAUGCUUACUAAGAAUUUAAUAAAUUUUUAUCAUUUAAUUUAUUUUUAUUUGAUUAUACACUUUCCAAUAAUUUUUACCAAUGAAAUAUAAUCAAUUCAAAUAUUCUCAAUUAAUAUUCUUAAAAAGUAUAAAAAAAUACCUUAACAAUAUAGAAAAUCUAUCUUUUUGGAACAAGAAAAAAAUCUAAAAAAAUCUUGCUUUCGAAAACGGAAAGAGUAUCUUUCUAAUCUACUAAGGAUUCAUUGACAAACCUGAUAUUUUAUUCGUGAAAUUUUUUAAAAAGGAAAAUAUUAUCAUAAAUCAGAUUCUCUUGAUCCAAUUAAAUCAUGCUUCCAUUUAUAUCAGAAACAAAAUAAUAAAAAAAUUCCAAGUAAUAUUAUGUUUUUAAAUAAAAAAAGUAACAUAAAUAAAAAAUAGUAGUAGUUGCCCAAAAAAAAGAUUUUUGUAAACAAUAUUUUAACAUCAUCAGAAAAACACUAAACCCUAAAUCCUAAAUCCUAAACACUAAACCCUAAACUAGGUUUAGGGUUUACCCAAGGGUUUAGGGUUAAGGCUUUAGUGUUUCAAGAAUUAGUGUUUAUGUUUUACGGUUUAAGAUUUAUCCAAAGGUUUAGGGUUUACCCAAGGUUUAGGGCUUAUCCAAGGAUUUAGUGUUCUACUGACGGCCUUAAAAAUAUUUUAAAAAAUCUUUUUUUCGGCAACUACGAUAAUUUUUAAUUUAUUUUUACCUUUUAAAAAAAUAUAUAUAUAACUUUGCAAAAUCAUAUUAUUUUGUUUCCUUUUUUAAAAAAUAUAUGGAAUAUGAAAAAACAAAACAUUAUUGAUUGGUGAUCCCAAGAAAAACUCUAUAUGGACGAGGAGUAUUACUUCAGUUCGAUAUUUGGUUAACAAAUAGUCCAUGGAUUUCUGCUGCUCGUCUGAAGUCAUCAAUCUCAAAAUAUCAAACAAUUUUUAAACUCGCUUCUUAGGGUGGAAAAUCUGAUUAAUCCCGUAAUUGGUUUUGGAAUGUGGAUUUGCUUAGUGCAUACACCACCCGGAUAAUGUUAGCAUCAUUUGCGGUAUGGCAGUCAGUAGGUUUGCUUAACCGGAUUCAUAUAGAUGAAACUUUACGGUGUCAGGAAACUAUACUGUUAAAUCGGAUUAUAAAACAGAAAAGUUAUAUUGAGACAAGUAUCUAGUCCAAGAAUUUUAUGGUCUAGAUACAAAGUCUUUAUUGGCAUUUACAUGGAAGUUUCAGUGUUCACCGAAGUUAAGGCAUUUUUUUGAAAAAUAAUAUCAAACAUUCUACCCGUUACAAAAUAUUCGAGAUCGUAGUGAAAAAUGUGAUACCCAGUGCCAUAUGUGUGGAUCGAAAGAAGGAUCAAUAAAUUAUGUCUUGUUUGAAUUUCCCCCAUUGCGGUACAGAUAUGGGCUAUAUCACAAAUUCCUUCUACCUAGUGAGUUUUUCCAUGUGUAUCGUUUUUUACGAAUAUGGAUUAUCUGUUUUAGAGAUUAUCCAAAGAACCUGACUUACAGUAUUUUGAAUUGUUUUUAAUUCACUUGCACUAUUCAUGCAUAUGUUUGAACCGCUAGAUCCGUUAGAUCCACAUUUGAUCCACUAGAUCCGCUUUUGAUCUACUAAAUCCGUUAGAACCAUUUUUGUUUCACUCGAUCCAAUUGAUCCGCCAGAUCAGUAACGCUUGGUCCGCUUUCUCUAUUCGAAGCCUUUGGGUAACGUAAUUGUGUGGGUGAGCCGUGAAGGUAAGGUUGCUUGGUCGUGGACUUUAAUUGCUACACGACGAAACUCAACUUUUUGUCAUGCAUUUCACUUGGCCUUUUGUGUACAAACCAAAUUUAUCAUUUAUUUAUGUCAAUACUUUCUUUUUGGUUAGCUUAUUAAUUAAAAGAAAAUAGUUUUUUUUAAUAAGGGAAAAGUUGUUUAGAUUCCUUUUUUCAAAGUGUCUAUUUUUAUAAUGAUGUUUUUGUUGUAUAUUUUUUAAUCGCUUGUCACUGAAAACAAUAUAUAUAAUCAAGAUUAAGGCAAUUUAUAACUAUUUGAAACUUAUAUAUAUAUUCCCAAAAGGUAAUUAAGCAGUAUUAUUUUUUAUUAAUGAUAUGCAUUUAUAUACUAAUAAAAAGAUAUCGGAGACAAAAAGAAAGGAUCCAUGAAUCAACCAAAGAAAAUUUACAAAGUUUUUGCCACUAACUUCUUUUUAACAAUUUUCAAAAAAAUUAACAGCUUUUAUUUAUUUUAUACAUCUUUAACAAUAUAUGUGGCAUCGUCAUAGAUGUGCGGUGACACUAUUUUUCAAUCUAUCAAAGAAACUAUGGCCCGAAAAUUGAUUAUACAUAUUUCUUUAAUAAAGUGUUUACAUCUGUAAAUCAGCAUUCUGAAGAAAGAAACAAAGUACAAAUUUGAAUUAAACCUUGAUUUAGUUUAUUAUUUACAUCUCGUGCCAUUCCUUUUAAUUAAAGAUUUUCUAAUUUAAUAUAUAAGAUACGAUUGGACUCAAAAUCUUUGCAAAGGGGCUCAAAAUUACUUGCGUUUGUUUAAAUUCAUUUGGGACAAACUUUUUUCGUGUUAAUUGGUUCGUAUGAACUGUAUUUAACCAAUCGGUGUGUGUUUGGUCAUCAAAACCAUUAUAAAUCAAAGUGAUCCGAUUUAUAUCAAAUGUAUUUAAUUCCUUGAUCAUGGCAUUAGCUCAUAACGGAAUCAUUUGCCAAACCAGUUAGACAAUUCUUGCGUUCUAAUUUUUAAAAGAACCAUUAUAAUUUUCGCACAGACACGCUGCAACCAGUCUUCGUUAUGGUUAAAAUAGAUAUAAUAAUUCAACUGUUCACAUUAUAACAAGCACCACGAUAAAUAAGGUUAAAUAACUAAUUCAAAUCAACAUCUAUCCAGUUUAACAUAUUUUCGGAUACUAAUAACUUCAUAUUCAAAUCGUGAUUCUCUCACGUAUAUUUCGCUCCUAUUUAAACACAUUGCUUUAUAAAUCUAAAACGUGAUUACUACUAUAUUAUCUUACCAUAUAAUUGGUCUAGAAUAAUUUAAUCAAAAUCAACUACUUUGCCAAUAUUAUCUUUCCAAAAUAUAUAGAUCCUAUGCGUAAUUGACUCAUAUAAUGUCAACUACUAUUUAGUAUAUCUUCUUAAAAAAUAAAAAGAGAUCAAUUUUUCAUGUACAAAAUAAAUAGUCCAUUUAUAUUAUAUACAAUAACUAAAUUCAGAAAUAUUUAUAAUUUUGUACAUGAAUACUAUGUAUUUGAUAUAAAAUAAUUUAAAUUUCAAAUAGUUUAUUAAAUUUGUAUUACUAAUUGUAUUAUACGAACUAAAAACACAUUUAAUACAAAUAUUAAGAUAUAAAAUCAAUAUGACUCAUUUUCAAUAAUUAAUAAAUAUUUAGACCUAUAUUUUUGUCCAAAAAUAAGUUCUCCAUUAAUACUAUAGAUAUACAAUUAGUAAUUUUAACAUUUUAAAUAUUAAAGUUUGAGUACCAUAUAUAAUUAUCAAUUAAAAAAAAUCAAAAUAAUUAAUACAUGAAUGUAUUAGUAAUACAAAAAUGUAAGAGAACCGAGAACCGAAUGGGUACCCAAAUAUUCAAAAUACCAUUUAUAUACAUAAAAUAUUAGUUAUGUGUAUGUAGUAUUAAGAUACCAAAAAUUCUAAACAUACCACUUAUACACCAAACUAUCCGAAAAAUCGAAAUACUUGAAUUUUUUUUAUCUAAAGUAUUUAAAUUAUCCUAAAGAACCAAAUUACCUUAAUAGUUUUUAUCCAAAAUAUUAAAGUUUAUCCGAAUAACCCGAUAUAUAUCCAAAACAUUCCAAUUUUGUUUUACUCUGAAUUAUUCAAAAUUAACCGAAAAAAUCGGAACCGAAUUGGAAACAAAAAUUUAUUGGAUAUUAGUCGGUUCUUAUAAUUGUUACCCGAACCAACCCUAAACCGAAAGAAUUGAAGCAAACUCUGAACCGAAUUAUAUAGAUAACCGAAUAGUUUCUAUAUCUCUAGAAACCGAAAAUCAAAAUAAUCAAAACGAAACUGAACCGAAAACCAAACCCACAUGCGUUAUACAUUCAAUACGAUAAUUAUCAAACAACGUUGACCACAAAUUCUAAAGCACAAAAAUUACCUAUGGUUUAUGAGUAUAUAAUGAUUUUACAAGACAAACACCCGCGCGGGUCACGAUAUAGUUCUUUUUAAAUCUAGUCACCAAAAAGAUUUAGACAAUUGAGAACACAACUAUGAGCUUCGUCAAUUAGUAGAAAAUUACUAAAUGACAUUUAAACAUUAUAACUACCUGAAGUCAAUAAACUGUAAGUAUAUUUAGAUCUUUUAUAUUUUUAUCCUGACAUUGACGUAGGAUUGUAAAGGUCCAAAUUUGGAAGAAGGAAAAAGACAAGGUAUGGACAAAACCAAACUUUUGGGUCUGGUCCUCCAGAUUCCUCAUGUGCGGUUGUGUGCUCCCUGUCUUCUUAUUAUAACCAAACUAUCUCAAGCUAUUAGUCUCUGAACCAAUCUAAACGUCAUACACAUUUGAGUAAUACAAUACUCCGACCUUACACUUUUUGGCUUCAACAUUUUAGUGGUUACGUUUUUUUUUGCUAUCAUCAAAGUUUGGACGCUUUUGUCAAAAAAAAAAAAAAAAAUCAAAGUUUGGACGCUUGUUCAUUGUUUGGUUAUGUUUUUAUUAUUGAUAAAUGACCAAUACAUCUUCGUCACGGAUUGGUAAGCUACCACUAGUCCCAAAGAUCGUUUAGGAGUUCAUUUGUUUCUUAUUUUUUGCAAGCCUUUACCUAAACAUAAAGUUUUUUUUUGUUAAUCCUUUAAUCCAUGGUAGAUAUAAUGAAGGUGUUUAGUAUUUAAGAAUCUGUUUGUUCCAAACGUAAAAUAUAUGUUUCCUUCUAAAGAAUUUUAUUAACAUGUAUAAUAUUCAAGGGAAAAUUGUUUUUUUUAGAGCAAAAAAAUGGUAACUAUGUCCUUUUAUACUAAUCUACUAGGAUAAGACCCGCGCCUUGCGCGGGAUUAAGUUAUUAUUUUUAUUAUAUUUUGGAGAAUGAAACAAUAGUUUGGCUUCAUUUGAAUUACGGGUGUUCAAUGCGGAUAUCGAGUUGGUUUCGGUUCAGUUCGAUUUUCUUCGGUAUUUGGUUAGUAAAAUAUAAUUACUAUUCUAAAUCCAUAUUUACUUU